UCAGUGUGUAGCCCCAUCAGUGCCCACCAGUGCUUUGUAUCAGUGCCCAUCAGUGAUUAUCAGUGCUUUGUAUCAGUGCUUUGUAUCAGUGCCCAUCAUGCCGUCUGUCAGUGCCCCUCUGUACUGGCUAUCAGUGUCCAUCAGUGCUGGCUGUCAGUGCUGCCUAUCAAUGCCCAUCAGUGCCGUCUAUCAGUGCUUGUCAGUGUCACAUAUUGGUGCAGCCCCAUCAGUGCCUCCUCAUCAGUGCCCAUCAGUGCAGCCUCAUCAGUGCACAUCAGUGAAGGAGAAAAAUCACUUAUUUACAAAACUUUAUAA